UCGAAAUAUGUAGCCAAUUUUUUUUUUUUUGACAACUACACAAGGGGCAUAAUGUGUAUCAAGAGAAUGGCCCGUAGACAAUGUAUGACUUAGUCCUGAGCAUAGCACACGGCUAAAACUCGUAUUAGAAAAUCCCUGUAGCCCUUUUUUUUUUUAGUCCCAAGCAAAUCAUACCAUCAACAUGCAUAUCUCUCAUAUACUUUCCAUAUUUGCAUGGUACUUCUUUGAGUUAUUAGGAGAGAAUAUGAACUUUCCAUAAGUUUAAACUUUCCAUACAUAAGCCUAAACUUUCCAUGAUUAGAUUCCAACUAGAACAAGGAUUUCUUUGUGUAGUCUAUGUAGGAACCAGAUUUUGACAUCUAUAAAUACACCGCCUUCUCUUGGUGUUUGAGCGUCAAUUUGAAGCAUCGUCGAGCUGGUUCGACCCAUCUCUAUCAGGAACAUCGCAAUCACGAACGGUUUGCGGCGUCGGAAAGAAGACUCAUAGAACUACGUCAUAUACGAAAACCACAAUCAAAUUUCUUCUAUAUUGGCUCAGGUCUUUGGGCGCAUUUGUACGGCUUUAACGUUAAAGAAAGAUGAUGCACUUUCGUGACCGCGAUACGCCACGUCCUCAUCUAGAGAUAGUGAGCGACAAACGAAAUUCGAACGCCAAAGUCCUUGCCUUGGAGGUUCAACCUCCAGUAAUCGGUGCCUUCUCACUUGACGGUGAGCUUUCUACGCUUCAUCUUGCUGAAUGGUCUAAAAAGGAGACCAAAGACGUCAUGAGCAACUUCUCAGGCAAGGCCACUGUUAUGGACGUCCCUCUGUUGAAGUCCGCAAUUCAUCGAGAAGUCGCGCCCACCGAAUCUUCUCAUCCCAAUGGAUGUUUCAACAACUGGAGUGUCCCGCCUUCUGGUUUCGGAAAAGUUUGCUACACACCUGGCUAUUGGGAGUGGGUGGAAGAUGUGCUUCCUCGCUAUAAGGAAGUCUUGGAGCGUGUCAAAGUUUACGAUGCCAUCUACGCUUCUUUGUUUACAUAUGAUUAUGAUGACAACGUACUGCAUGCUUUUUGUGAGCUUUGGCGUCCGUCUACCAAUACGCUUUCCACUUUCAUCGGGGAGAUGUCUAUCUCACUUUGGGACUUACGAACAAUUGCAGGACUUCCCAUUCACGGAUCUUUUUAUGAUGAAGUUAUUCCUUCGGCGAAAGAAUUGACGCAAAUGAACAAUCAGGGGAAACCAUGGCUCCCCAAGAGCUGUGUAUACUUGUUUUCAGCCUUUUACAAACUUGCCGAAGGUGGCCGUCAUGAGGUGUCCAUCCAUGAUUGGGUGAAAUUUUGGUUUAGAGGACCAAGCAGGUACGCGGAGCCUCCGCAAAGGGCGUCAAAGGGUCGUGCAACGAAGCCAAGAUUGAAUCACAAUCCUUCCGGCCAUAUUGACAUGAAUUACUUACCACGAACCGAUGAGGAGCAUGCCCCCUUCGUCAAGCUAGGAGUGUUGGAAUCACAAGAUUCCAAUUUCAAUGGAAAGAUGACUCAUUGAACUACAAUCUAUAUAAAAAUCACUGCCAAAUUCCUUCUAGAUUUGUACAGAUAAUUCUCCAAAGUUAGCUUAGAUUCUGCCUUGUUCGACUUUUCAGCUUCGCUUCGGUGGGAGAAAAUUCAUAACUCGGAGUACGAGUGUUGGAAUCACAAGAUUCCAAUUUCUAUGGAAAUAGGACUCAUUGAUAUACAAUAUAUAUAAAAAUCAUGGCCAAAUUCCUUAUAUAGUUGUACAGAUAAUUCUCCAAAUUUAUCUCAGACGCUGCCUUGUUCUAUUUUUCAGCUUUGCGCUUCGGUGGGAGAAAAUUCAUAACUCGGGGUACGAGUGCCGAAAUGACGAGAUUCCAAUUUUGUUGGAACGAAGACU